UAAUCUGACGUAGUCAGCUUCCUCUAGUUUUCUGAAUUAUAUUAUUCAUGUUUUUAAAGUUUUCUUUUUUUGUUUAUUUUUCAAUAUUGAGACGAAUGAAAUUGGCAGUCUUGUCGUGUUUUUUAUGUCAAAUGCUCGCUGAUCCUUUCCUCAUAAAUUUUCGCCAUUAUAAUACUUAGAUACAUAAAUAUUUAACGUACACACCUUGAUAAAAGCCCGUCGCCCGCAGAGCAUUACUGCCCCAGUACCGGCCCGCGCCCGACUACGAGACUGCCAUACAACAGAAAUACCAACAGCAACGGGCGGAAGCUCAGCUGCGCUACCAAAACCACUCCCCGGCGAAACCCGCGUACGGCUCCCAGCCCGACAUACAUAGGCAUUACGACGACUACUACGCGCUCAACUACCUCAACUAUCCGUUCGCGGUCAAUCCCAACGUCCAGGCGGAAAUAACGCCCCAAAUGCACUACGUGAACGUGUACAAACCCCCACCCCCCUACCCCUCCAACGGUCUAGCGUCUAACUCCACCCCGGACUUGGCGGUCGCCAGUCAAGCCCUCAACUACCACAGAGGUUACAUCAACUCCCACGUGUCCGGCUCCAGUCCCGACUUGGUGUCGACUAGGACCGCCCUCAACAGACAGUAUUUAGGUUAUUUGACCGGCAGUCACGGCGUGAUCAACUACGCUAGACCUAACGUGAUGCCCGCGCACGGAACGUACAACAAUCUCACUUCGGUUCUGGAACCGAACCCGCAUAUUAUCAUAGACCCCCACCACGUAUCCGAUAGCAUACAGAAAGUGUACGACGAGAGAGGAAACAUAAUGUACUCUAUGCCGAUGCACAGACCUUACCAGAGACACAUAGUGCUGUCGCAAACGCAGCAGAUCAAACUGAACGACACGCAGGAGCCUAUAUACGAGAACGUGCCUUUGCCUUGGCAGAGCGAGAAGGGUACGAUGAGGGAUCGAGCGCAAAGCCUCACGACGACAGACGAAAUCGCGAGGCUGAACGAGAGGAACAGCAGUCAUCCGAACAUAAACAGAUACGGCAAUUUGAAACAAACGUCGAACGUGCCGAGCUGCGUGCCGACGAGGGUGGACAACCCCGACAGCCACUACGUGAACGCGCAGAUAAUAAAAGGGGUCAGAGAAUCGAGUGUCCCGAAAGACGAUCGGUCCUCGAACAGAUCCGUCGAUAAGUCGAGCGACUUCGAGAACGUGGCUCUGUCGGCGGAGAGGCUGUCGCUGAAGGACGACGAGACCCCGUACCAGAGUCUGUCGACGCGGGUGUCGAAUAACAACACGAUAAACAAGGAGAACGUGACGACCAUAUCGAUCGAUCAGUCGAACGCGAACCGCAACGUGAGCAUGUCGGAUAGCUCCACGAUAAACGUUACGGACGACGGGAAAAGUAAUGUGAGCAGUAAAGAGAAGAAGAGGAGGCGGUGGGGCGUGUUCAUGGGGCGGGGGGUGAAGGCCGAGGUGCGGAGCGCCACGCUUGGGCGGGACAGGGCGAAGCCCGCGCCGCAGCCCGCCAACAAACACAGGUGGUCGACGGGACUGCCCAAGUUCCAACCGUUGCCGCCAAGCAUUACCAAAGAAACUUUGUGCCAAUUAUUAGAAAGGAAAAUGUCCGAGGAGCAAAUCUCGUUCGCAUUCGAGCGCCUACCGAAGGGGAGGGAAAAGGGGGGCUCGGUUGCAACAGCGCUGCUGCCCCAAUACGCCGCCCUCAACGGGUACUCGGGGGACAGCCUGCCCUACGACGACAACCGCGUCAGGCUGAAGCCCACCCCGGCCAACCCGCACGGGUACAUCAACGCUUCACACGUCACGAUGACGGUGGGCAGCUCGCAGCGGUUCUACGUGGUGAUAAAGGUGGGCACCGGGCGGACGGGGGCGCCGGCGGGGGCGGGGGUGGGGGCGGGGGCGGCGUGCACGUGCGGGUGCAGCGGCGUGUGGGAGUGCGCGUGGCAGGUGGGGGCGCGCCUGCUGGCGCUGGUGGGGGACAGCGACCGCCCCCACUACCUGCCCCCCGACAACACCACCGUGCAAAUGGGCGAGGUGAGCGGGACGCGAUAGGGAUGAUGAAUUCUAUUAAGUCCGUUAGACAGAUAACAGUAAAAUAUUAGAUACGUAUUUUUUUUACUUUAACAAGAAAUGGUGUAGAUAACAGGCAUUAAAGUCGCGGGGUGUGAGCUUGCUAUGUCACAGUUUGUAGAAAAUGUACAAAAGCGGGACGUCGUAGGGCAUUUCAUUACGGUUAUUGAUUAUAUGAAAAAAAUGCGUGUUUAAUAUUCUUUAAUAAUCUACCUGGCAUACGAACGAACAAAAUUAGUUUUCCCUAUUGCAUAUUAAAAAAAAAAUACAAAUGCGUGAUUUACUUUGUAGUAGAUUAUUACCGUGACAUUUGACAGUAUUACGUUGUCGUUAUAAAUUAAAUCGUCGUC